AUGGCCUCGACUAGCCAAGCAGCCAAAAAGCGGAGCCGCGCUUCAAUGGAGCAGUUAAGUGGCAUGCUGGACUUCUUCAUGGAAAACCCGGGACCAGCCGGUGGGAAGUUUCAUCGGCUUCACGGGAAGAUGGAGCACGAGAAGAAGUGGGAGAAGAUGGCUUCCAAUUUAAAUGCCAUUGGAGGCACUCAAAAGUCCACCGAACAGUGGCGUACAGUAUGGCGCGAUUUGAAGAGCAGAACCAGUGUUCGAGUGCGCGAUAGGAAGAGGCAGCAGGCGUUAACCGGCAACAAGCCCGUUAAGAAAGCUCCUUUAACAGCGCUGGAGGAGCGGGUCGUGGCCAUCAUCGGGAGCAAUUAUAUUGAGGUCCAUGCGUCUGUGGCAGGAAAUGUACCAAUGAACUUGGAGCUCCAAUUGGCCACGGAAGACGGUGAGGAGAUUAUUUUCCUAGAUGAAGUGGUAGAGUGCGAAGGCUUAAUAGAGGAGGAGUCGCGGCCGGAAACUCCAAAAACUGCUACACUCAAAACCCCGCACAGAGGAUUGAAGAGGAAGAGAGAGCGGGAGCAGAUCGACGUCCAAAAUAAAUUUUUGGAAAUUGCCAAAAC